UUGUACCCCCUCCAGCAACGUCAGAUGGGACGCGCCAGGGCCUGGAGAGUAUGAGGGGAGGAGUGUGUGCCACGCAGGGUAUGAAGGUGAUCCUCAAAGUGGGACAGAACCCAUAUGGACUGCCCCCGAAACCUGCCAAACCAGACCAAAGUGCGGGCCGUACCAACACCAGAAAUACAGGUGGUGCUGGUAACGCCACCCAUCCCAGGGUUCCUAGCGGUGGCGCCGGGGAUUCGGGAGGCGCAGGGGGCGAGAACGGACCCCUCCCCCCCUCCAACGUGGCCGUCAUCGCCGGCGCUGCAGGGGGCUCCGCCUUCCUCCUCCUGGUCACCGCGGUGAUCUGCGUGGUGUGUUACCGGCGGCGACACGCCAAGCACUCGGAGUCCCACCACCCGCCCCUGUCACUCUCCUCCCUCACCAGCCCCAAGAGGCAUGGCGGCGGGCACGGCGGCGGCCAUGGGGGCGGUAACAACAACGGCUCGGAACCCAGUGACAUCAUCAUCCCGCUGCGGGCUUCGGACUCGGCGUACUGCCCUCACUACGAGAAGGUGAGCGGGGACUACGGUCACCCCGUCUACAUCGUCCAGGAGAUGCCCCCCCAGAGUCCAGCAAACAUCUACUACAAAGUAUGAGGGCAGUUGCCAUGACAACCUACAGUACUACCAACUACCAUCUUACCCUGUCCUGUACAGUACAGUACCACCUACAGCCCACCUACAAUAUACCCUGUCCUAUAUAGUACAGUACCACGUAAAACCUACCUACAGUAGUCCAUUACUGACUUACCCUCCAAAACCACCAAGACCUUCAGUCCCUUAUACAGUAUCUGAAAUUCCCUAUCCAACCCCAGUCCCAGCCACAGGUGUGUGCAUCUAGCUAACUGAAGAGGCCAUCCGUACGCCCACCCCUCUUCACUCGACUGUGUCACUAAGCUAAGUAUGGAGGGUUUAGUAUAUAGCCCCCACCGGCCCCUUAAAAGAGGACAGGACUAGCAAGAGACUCUGGGGCCCACUUCUUCUUUUUUUGUCUCACCAUGAAUCAAACCCCCCCCCCCCCCCCCCCCCCCUCACCAGAGCUGAAGAGAAGAGUCCCCUCCCUGUACACCAUGAGGAUAAGUGUGUGAGAACACGCACACCAAGCUAGUGUGAGAGAACACACACUGGUACCACCACAACUUGGACUUCUGGGACUCUGACCCCUAGAAAAUCCACCGACCAACCAUAUCCUGAGAUCUCUGUAUUUCUCUAAUGCUCCUGUCCUGUAUCAGACCUACCUGCCUCCUGAUUGGACCCUGAGGCUAACUGUGGCCCUUGAUGUUAUAUCUCACAAAUAGGAUCCUAGUUUGUUUGUGUGUGUAUGGUUUCUCAUUGGACCAGGGGCCUCUGACUCUCUCACCCAAUCAGAAAGCUGGGCUGGAGUCACGUGAUCAAUCGGUCAGACCAAUCGAGUCUUAGUGGCAUUCAGAAUCUUGUAUAUUUUAAUAACGUUUGUGUAUGUGUGCGUGCGUGCGUGCAUGUGUGGGAGACUAGGAUAAUAAUUCUGACACUGCUGUUGCACAGAAGUGUGUGUGUGCAGUUAGUGUGCUUUAGUACAGCGUGUGUGUGUGUGUGUGUGUUAAUCUGUGUAUACGCUACAUGCGAGCGAAUGUGUGUGUUCGCGUGUCUUUAGACUUGUCUUAAAAACCAAAACACAAAAAAGUGAGUGAAUAUAAAAAAAGGUGAGAUUUUUUUUAUCGCUAGCAACACUUACAGAUUAUAUAUGAAUAUCCAGUCAUUAAUUUCUAGACGUCUUGUUUUUUUUAUAGUUUUUUAUUUUGAUUCCUCCACUUGUAAAACAACACUUCUGUUAUACUGCUAGAUCUUUUACCCUGUGCUUUAUUGUUUGCGAUUUAGAAACCUGACCCGAUUUCCUUCCCCUUUGAGUUGUAAAUUAAUUUAAUCUCUUUGUUUUUCUUUCCUUGGCGAACUGAGGUCGUUUCUCUCUCCCUCUCUCUCUCUCAUCGCCUCCCCCUAUGUAUAUUUUUAUACUUCUUGUACUAUGCUGUAGUUUUGAAGUUUAGACCUCGUUUGUGGUGGAAGUUGUUGAGGUAGAAACCAUCGAUGAAAGUUUUUUUCAAACGCUUUUGAACACAAGGAAAAAGCAAGGGGGGAAAUGAACGAGGGCGGGCUCCAAAUGAAAUGAAAUAUAAUGAAAAGAAAGAACGGGAACCCGGAGUCGCUGUCUAGAGGGAAAAGAGAAAAAGCGACUGAAUGUGGAACUUUUGUUUAAAAAAAAAAAAGAGAAAAGACUGAAGAAGGAAUUGCACACUAAAGAAAAGAAAGAGCGCGAGAAGAGAUGGAAGAAGUGGGGGGAUGGGAGGUGAUUUGAGCGAUGAGAGAGAAGAAUCCCUGGGAAGGAUAGAGAGAGAGUGAAACAGUGACUGUGGCAGAAGAGAGGAGCCUUUCCUUUAAUGGAGUGCUGAGAAGGAGUGAUGGACCCUAGGUGGACGGAGGAGAGGAACAGACACACAGCUGAAAUGGAUUUCAGGGGGAAACCUCACUGUGGAAUAAGGAGGAGAGAUUUCAUCUAAAACACACACACACACAGUGACAGAUAGAUACACAUUCAAGAUAACAGACACAGACAAUACUCUUCUCUGAAGGGAAAUGGCACGUUUCAAAUUCUCCCGAUUUUACAGCUUUAUGUAUCAGACGCUGAUUAUAUCGACACAGACACACACACACACUCUGCAGACACACUGAGCCCUCUCACAUUCUCUUUCGCUGUCAAACACGCACACACAUAAAUGCCGUACAUGUAUACGCCAAUUUCACACACACUCUCUCUGUCUGGCUAUCUCUGCAUCCCUCUCUCUGCGACACACACACACACACACACACACACACACACACACACACACACACACACACACACACACACACACACACACACACACACACACACACACACACUGAUUGCUCCCAUGUGGCUCCCUAUUUCUGACACAGUCCUGGCUUUCUCCCCGUGAUUAAGUCAACCUCUGUGUGUGACAGAAGGAUUAAAGGCGGGUGUGUGCUCCCUGUUUUUGUACGUGUGUGGACGUGUUUAACUAUACUCACGGGGGCCAGAAGUUCCCACAAGAAUAGUAAACAAGCAAACAUUUGACCAACUGGGGGCAUUUUGUUGGUCCCCGCAAGGUCAAAUGCUAUUUGUUAAGGUUAGAAUUAUGGUUAGGUUUUGGGGGUAGGGUUAGGGAAAAUAGGGUUUUGAAUGGGACUGAAUUGUGUUUUCCCACAAGGUUAGUUGUACAAGACUGCGUUUGUAUGGGUGUUUUUCUGAAACAAGUACCCGUCAGUCUCUUAGCCUGGUUCAUUCGUUUUCACACCCUUUUACGAAAGCAAAGCUUUUUUCGAACGUGCCGUGUGUUAAGUUAUGUUGUAUCGGCUAGCUGCUACUUAGUAUUGUUGAGUGUUAGACCGACGACGUGUUCAAGACAGGCACAGCAACCUGCAAAUGCACACAUACGCUAACAAAAUAGCAGACAAUAGGUGACGUGCCAUACUUUGAAAUAUCCCUCAUGCUCAACAGGUUUGUUCCCAAAGCUUCACUCAAUGUGUGUUUUAUUCAUAUGCACAACCUGCUCAAAAAGCUUUAUUUGAAAUAUCGCUUUCAUCUUUUUUUUUACUAGUACACCUACUCUCUAUUUCACAUCAUUUGUAUGUUGUGUAAUCUGUUCCCAUUAUGCUUUUUGAACUUAGAAAGUGUUACGGAGAAGUUGACUAAUUAGGGUAAAAGUUUCACCCUAAUUUCUGUACUGCAGCAUCAGGAUCUUGGUAUUUAUGUAUGUGGGAAUCUGUCUUGUCUCCUGUACAAAUACACGACCACCAGGAAUACUGUAUACCUUCAAGAACACCCUCAAAGCCGAACUACAAACUCUCGCUGAAUUCUGAAAUCCUCUGACACUCUAAAUGACAGUAUUUGACAAAGAUGGCUGCUGCCAUGAGUAUAAACACUUGGGUAAACCUCCUGGACUUUGUGGAGUUGUGGAAUCCGAAUGCUGCUCAUUCGCAAAAUGGUUCCUUCUCUCUCCUCUCCCUCUUCAUCCUCCUCUCCUCUUUCUUUCACCGGGGAGAAUCUCCCUCCGGGACUCGAAGCUUGGGCUUUUUUGUUGUCAUGUCGGUCGGUGUUUUACUAAAAGGUUGUCUCUCUCUUUCACUGUUUGCUUUUGACUGUUUUCAAUGUGUUGGAUUUUUCUCAUGGAUGCUUUCUCAUGGAUCCUCAUUUCAAAAAGAGAGGUUUCUUGUUUUGUGAAAACGCCCCCCCCCCCCCCCCCCCCCACCCCCCCCUCUGUUGGUGUGUGUGUGUGUGUGUGUGUUUCCUUGUGCCAAUAGCCAGCAGGUCGAGGCGACAGAGAGCGGGCUGGCUCUUGUAUGUGAUGUGUUGAGACUUUUUGUAUUGGGACACCACUGUGUGAGAUUGUGUUUGUGUUCACCUUCUCCUUUCCUCAUCCCCCCAUCCCUCCCGUCACUAUGACCUCCUCCUCCUCUCUUUCUCUCCUCCAACACACCUCUAAAGGGAGGAAAAAACUAGUACAUUCCUGCUUUGGAAAAAUGUUGAUUAAAAAAAUUAUGUUUAAGCACCA